AUGGCAAAGGCAACCACCAUCAAAGAAGCGUUAAAACGCCUGGAAGAUCGUACAAAAACAAAUUCUUGCGAUGAAAAAGAAAUCGACCUCUGCUUCCAGUGGCCUCCGAUAGAAAAAAUGGAUACUACCUUCUCGACUCUGACCGCCUGCCAAAAACUGUCGCUGUCCACGAAUAUGAUCGAUAAAAUCUAUGGACUGAGCGGUAUGAAGAAUCUUCGCGUGCUUUCACUGGGACGCAACUAUAUUAAGGCCAUUUCCGGUUUGGAGGGAGUAAGCGACACUCUCGAGGAACUCUGGAUAAGCUACAACUUAGUGGAGAAACUAAAAGGCAUAAGCGUGCUGAAGAAGCUGAAGGUUUUGUAUAUGAGCAACAAUCUGGUCAAGGAUUGGGUCGAAUUCAAUCGGCUUGCCGAUCUACCCAUUUUGGAGGAUCUGCUGUUUGCCGGCAAUCCUUUGGUGGAAUCGAUGGAAGAGAGCAUCUGGCGAGCGGAGGCAAGCAAGAGAUUGCUAUCCCUGAAAAAGCUGGACGGUGAAACGGUCAUUCGAGAAGAUACCGAAAACUCGAAUCCGCAAGGAGCGGGACAACCAGAAAAAUGA